AUGGCAAACGACACUUCAGACGUCGCUUAUGACGACAGAGUACUCCCAUCAAUCGAAAAGUCAAUUGACGACUACACUGAUGGAAACCAGGAGUCUGUACUCGCCCAAGAUUCAUCGCUCGUUGAACCUCAUUUUGAUCCAGCCCAAUCUCAAGAACACGCAUCUGAUAUGUCUGAAAGUGUUUCUUCAAGCAGUGAAGAUGGUGAUAGAUCAGUAAGCUCAUCUGAUGAGGCAGACAGGGCACUUGAACAAGACCUCGAAACCUGGGGCCCCCCAAUGGCUUCCGUCCAAAUCGGCUCCCACAACAAUGUACUCACUGUCCAUGCUAAACGUUUGAGAGAGAAGAUUCCUUAUUUCGCAAAGAUCUUCAAUUUUCGUCGAUUGAAUUUCCAUCAGAGUUAUCCUAAGCUUAAUCCCGCUGCCUUCAAGCUUUUUAAACGCUGGAUAUAUGGAACUACAAUUGCAGAGCAGGAAAGGAACAAAUGCCGUACCAUCGAGCUCUUCGCUCUGUUUUCUAUCGCGUGCUGCUUCGAGCAAAAAAGCUUACAAGAUGAAGCAAUGGAGUGCAUUGUUAAGGAGAUUGGUGAAAGUAGCGAUGAGUCAAGAUUCACGCCAGAGCAUGUCAUAUUUGCGUACGAAGCCACCCCUGACGGAUCAAAACUCCGACUUUUCUGUGCCGCAUCUGUGACUGAAGCCAUGGAAGAAGAAAAUCAAUUCAAGUGGGAUCGUGAGGAAGUUUCCAUGCUUCUCGACGUUCUUCCAGAGCUUCGAGUUGAUAUCCACCCUGAAGCUAUCCAUCGAUUUAAGAAUGCAUCAGAGGCUGCAAACAACACUAGCUCUGACCAUCACCAGCGUACCGAAGUUGAUGGCAACAUUCAGCCUGUUCACGAUAAGUCUGGAGGCGAUCACUUGGAUGUCAAACCCCUUCCCGGUUCUAGCCCUGGUAGUGAUGAACAUAAAGGUGUUAAGCAUGGCAGAAUGGAGCUUGAUGGCUCUGCGGGCUCUGGCGGUGAUUCAUCUGGCCAAAAGCCUGGCAAUAUGUCUGUUCCAUACAACUCACCUAAUUCCAAUAGUGGCGAGGGAAGCGGCAAUAAAAAGAGGGUUAGGCUUUCCGGUGAUGGAGAUGAAGCUGGCGCUACAACUCUCAGACGUCCUGACCCAGAAGCAAAUGAUCCAGAAGCAAUUAAGCUAGAGGCAAUUAAGCUAGAGGCAAUUAAGCUAGAAGCAAUCGAUCUAGAAGCAAUUAACGCCUAG